ACACACACACACAUACCUGUCCAUCUUUCCCAUAUCAAGGUGUGUUUGUCUUUCCUUGCCCACCGUUUUAGGUCCUCCCAGAGCAGGUAUUUCCCUUUCCUACCCACAGAGACACACAUUUACCCAUACACACACAUUCACACAGGAUCUGUAAAGGGGGGGCCGUCUGUGGGCCGAGGGUGUGAAGCACUUGCAUUGAUAACGUGCAGCUCCCAGUCAUUUGGUCUCACUCUGUGACCGUCCCCCUCGCCUGGAACUCCCUUCGCCCUGCUCUCUCUCUCCUCUCCAGCUUCUCUCACUUCAGGACCGUCUGCAGACCUGCUUGCACCCCUGCGUUAAGUCGUCGCCCGCAUCGCUGUCACCAUGACGCCUACCCCGCUGUUGGUCCUGCUGCUGCUUGGCAUUAUAGGAGCUCAAGCCACCCUGGACAUGCGCACCGCUGCCGCCAUGGCAGCGGGUUUGUGUAAAACCCGUCCAACAGACCUCGUGUUCAUCAUCGACAGCAGCCGCAGCGUUCGCCCUUCAGAGUUCGAGCAGGUCAAGGUCUUUCUGGCUAAGGUCAUUGAGGGACUGGAUGUUGGACCCAACGCCACCCGUGUGGGAGUUGUCAACUAUGCCAGCCGCGUCAAGAACGAGGUGUCACUCAAAACUCACCGCAACAAAGCUGGACUAGUUAAGGCUGUGACUAAGAUCGAGCCCCUGUCCACUGGGACAAUGACCGGUCUGUCCAUUCAGUUUGCCCUGAACGUGGCCUUCAGCGAGGGCGAGGGUGCUCGUGUUAAAUCGAAUGACGUCAGCAAGGUUGCCAUUAUUGUGACAGAUGGCCGUCCCCAGGACAGCGUGAAAGACGUUGCUCAGCGCGCACGUGAUGCCGGCAUUGAGAUUUUUGCCAUCGGUGUGGGACGUGUGGACAUGAGCACUCUGAGGCAGAUGGCCAGUGAACCCCUGGACGACCACGUGGACUAUGUGGAAAGCUACAGUGUCAUCGAAAAGCUCACCAAGAAGUUUCAGGAGGCCUUCUGUGUGUCGGACCUGUGUGCCACUGGAGAUCACGACUGUGAGCAGGUAUGCAUCAGCUCACCUGGAUCAUUCAAGUGUGCCUGCAAAGACGGCUUUACCCUCAUGGACAAUGGCCGCAGCUGCAGCGCUUGCAGCAACUCCGCGACAGACGUGGUCUUCCUGAUCGACGGCUCCAAGAGUGUUCGCCCUGAGAACUUUGAACUGGUCAAGAAGUGGAUCAACCAGAUCAUUGACAAACUGGAUGUUUCUGACAGCAAGGCUCAUGUUGGACUGGUGCAGUACUCCAGCUUAGUCAGACAGGAGUUUCCCCUGGGCCGCUUUAACAACAAGAAAGACCUGAAGGAAGCUGUGAAGAAGAUGGUCUACAUGGAGAGGGGAACCAUGACAGGUCAGGCCCUUCGCUAUCUGUUGGACAACAGCUUCACCCCAGGUCAGGGUGCCCGGCCUGGAGUCACCAAGGUUGGCAUCGUCUUCACUGAUGGACGCAGCCAAGACUAUAUUGGAGAAGCUGCAAAGAAGGCCAAGGAAAACGGCUUUAGGAUGUACGCUGUUGGAGUGGGCAACGCAGUGGAGGAUGAACUCAAAGAGAUCGCCUCUGAGCCAACUGCAGAGCACUACUUCUACACCGCCGACUUCAAGGCUAUGACCCAGAUUGCCAAGAAGCUGCAGAUUAACAUCUGCCAAGAGGAUGACCCUUGUGAGUGUGACUCCCUUGUAAAGUUCCAAAAGAAAGUAGAAGAUGCCCUACAGGCACUAACAAAAAAAUUAGAGAGCAUGUCGAAGAGGAUCGCCAUGCUGGAGAACAAAAUCGUCUGAGGACACAAAUCCCACUCUUUGCUUUACAUCUGCAUACUCACUCACGUACACACACACACUUUUUUACUUCCUGUAAAAUGCUGAAAAGAACAGUGUGUGUGUAUGAACCCUUACCUCUUCUUGUAUCCUGAGCCCUCAAAAAAACACCUAUCCCUCCUCCUCUUUUCUCCAUUUUACCUCUUUCAACCUUGGGUCUCCUGGGACACAAAUUGCUGGUUGCCAUGGGGACCACACCUCUUUGUGUGUGUGUGUGUGUGUGUGCUCUGAAGGUCAUCCUCCAUAGCCAGACUGUGUGUUUGUUAAUAAAACUCUUCCCUCAUAGGGAAAUGGUGACAGUACACUGAAAGUUUUCUUUUCUUAGUGACUGCCACGGUGUUGAAUCUUCCUACAAGAGUCUGGUUAUAUGUCACUGUCAUCUUUCCUUCUCUCCCCUCAUAUCUGAAGUAUUCAUCUUUCUACUCUUACCCCCAAACAAAGGUAUCUAAUAUUAUUAUAUUAUAUACUGUAUAUGUGUAUAUAUAUAUAAAUUAAUAUAAGGUAUAUGUCUGGUAAUAACUGGUACACAUUGAUGUUUUUAUUAUCCUAAAUAAAGGUGAUUCAGGAGGUAAAUACUA